AAACUCUAAUGGAAAACAAACAAGCUCUAAGAAUUCAAUGCGACUAAUCUCACAGACCUUCCCUCCUCUUUUUCCUCCUCCUUAUUUAUUAGAUCCCCUUUUUAUCUCUGUCCGAUCUGGUAAAUUUAUGCAUUUGUUUGACGAAAAUCUUUCAUCUUAAUUUAAAUGCAAAUUUUAAUUUUUUGAUUUUGUGCCACCCUUCAUUCCUUAAAUCUUCUGAAAAUCAAAAAAUAAAUACGGGUACCUUUUGCUAGGGUUUAUUUUCUUUUCAUAUUGAGGAAAGAAAUUCAGAUCGAAUCAAAUGGCUGCUCCACCUGCCAGAGCUCGAGCCGAUUACGAUUAUCUAAUCAAGCUCCUCUUGAUAGGAGACAGCGGUGUGGGCAAGAGUUGCCUUCUUUUACGUUUCUCUGAUGGCUCUUUCACCACCAGUUUCAUUACUACUAUUGGCAUUGACUUCAAGAUAAGGACCAUAGAGCUCGAUGGCAAACGAAUCAAAUUGCAAAUUUGGGAUACUGCUGGGCAAGAAAGAUUCCGAACCAUCACAACUGCAUACUAUCGUGGAGCAAUGGGAAUAUUGUUGGUGUACGAUGUGACUGAUGAGUCUUCUUUUAACAACAUCAGGAACUGGAUCCGUAACAUUGAACAGCAUGCCUCUGACAAUGUCAACAAGAUACUAGUGGGUAACAAGGCUGACAUGGAUGAAAGCAAAAGGGCUGUUCCCACCUCCAGGGGUCAAGCACUCGCAGAUGAAUAUGGAAUUAAAUUCUUUGAGACAAGUGCAAAGACAAAUAUGAACGUGGAGGAGGUGUUUUUCUCAAUAGCCAGGGACAUAAAGCAAAGACUUUCCGAAUCCGACUCAAAGGCGGAGCCUCAGACCAUUAAGAUUACCCAACCCGACCAGACAUCAGGAGCUGCCCAAAAAUCAGCCUGCUGUGGUUCUUGAGCAAUGCCUUUGCAUGAAACAUAGGAUGAUCGGCUACAUCCAUAAGUUGACCACGGUGGAUCUAGUCUUGUUAUGACACUAUCAGUGUUGCUUGUAUUGUUAUUACUUGUUAUUUUUAGUUGCUACACAAAUAUGCUUUGGUUGCAAAUCUUAUCGGAGGAAUUAAUUAGUCUUUCCUACACAAAUAUUUUUAGUUUCAGAAACUAAUGUUGAAAUAGCUGUCUAUUUAUCAAUUUGGUGACACUCUUUCGAAGUUGUGUGAUAUUAUCAUA